AUGCCUCCUCCCUGGACCCGGGCCCUGAUCCCAGCCUUGUCUUCCCAUCCUGGCCCCCACCCCGCCUCCCGAUCCUCGCAUGAGCUCGUCUCCUCCGCUCACAGCCCACUUCCCUGUCCUGUUCGUAGCCCCUCCCCCGCAACACCCGGGCAGGGGGCUCACCCGAGCAGUUUUGCCUCCCGCUGCUGCCACCCGACUGGUUUGCUGUUGCCAGCCUCAGCAGGGGCUGAGAGGCGGCUAGGGGCCCAAGAGAGGAUGGCUGUCUGGCCUGCAUAGCUCACAGAGCUGCCUGGUGGCCAUGCUCAGAUCUCCAAGUGUUCAGUGAUGGGAGACCAGUGCCUGGUGCCAGCCCAUGAGGCCUGCCAAACCCAGGGUGAAGACAAGUGUCCAUCAGGCCAAGUCUCAGAGCCAAAGCUUCAGGAAGAAAAACACAAACUGGAGGAAGAGAGGCUCAAGCCAGAGGUGGAGGCACUAGAGGAGAGAGGCCUCAGGCCUAUGGCCUCCAUUGUGAGGCCCAGUCAUGGUCCGAAGAGGAAGCCAGUCAAGCCAGAGGCUGGCUCCUCAGGCCUCCUGUUCCCCAGUCUCCUAGGGCCUACUCACCAAGCCCAUCCUAGGGCUGAAGCUGAGCUGCCACUGCAGAGGGAGGAGCUAGAGAGUAGCCAGAGUGAGCCCUCACCAUCUGCCAAACAGCAUAAAAAAGCCAAGAAGCGCAAGAGUCUGGGGACCCCAGUGCUCCCAGUGGUGGCCAGCACGGUACCUGCACCUUCAGAGAUCUUGGGGCUGGAGCGAAAGGCCCAGCGCCUGCGGCCUCUGUACCAGUACAUCAACUAUUGCAACCCUGAGCUGAACCAGGCAGGGGAGGGGGACAGGGAGGCUGAGGCUGAGGUGGAGCCUGAGUCGGAGCUGACCCUGGUCCCCGAAGAGGCAGGUGUGGAGCAGCUGCAGGCCUUGCUGCCCAUGGCAGGUGAGCUGGGCUCAGGACUCACUUUGCCCUGCCCCAACAUGUUUGUGCCCCACACCCACGCUCUGGUUUCCCUGGGAGAGGACACUGGAGAGGAGCCUGGGGGUUUGCCCAGCUUGGGGGUCAGCGGUCCCCUCAAGGCUGAGGUGGAUAAGUCAACUCAGGUGGACAUCAACAAGAUGCUAAGUGUCUGCACUGCCCCACUAGUACCCCCACUCUCUCCUCAGUACAAGUGACUG